AUGGCUGCUAAUGGCGCUUUGGAUGGGCCGUCUGGAGGUUUGAAUAUAAGCAUCUCUGCUGUGUACUUGGAUCGUCAUGGCUUGAUUGUUGCUUUUCUCUCUCUACUUCAGCAUCUUGAGUUGCCUCCCUCGGCCUCAAGUUGCUCCAACGAGACUCCUCUUCAUGUAGCUGCCAUGCUGGGUCACGUGGAAUUUGCAAAAGCUCUUCUGAGUCAUAAGCGUGACAUGGUCGCUGAGUUAAAUUCACAGGGUCACUCACCUCUUCACUUGGCCUCUGCAAAUGGGUAUGUUGAGAUGAUGAAGAUUUUGUUAAUGGUGGACUCUAGUGUCUGUCUCGUUCGCGAUGAAGAUGGAAAGACUCCUCUUCAUCUAGCUGCCAUGAAAGGCCGAGUUGAUGUUGUAACCGAGUUGGUUCAGAUACGACAGGAAGUGACUCAAUACACCUUGGACAGGGGAGAGACCGUUCUGCAUUUAUGUGUGAUAGAUACAUAA